AUGCUUUUAUGCCGGAAUCGAGAGGAAUCCGAGGACCGAGGUAGGGAAUGUGGCUCGAAUGCGAGUGUGAAGCAAGGAGAUAUUGUGCAAGAUGAGAAAUUAGAGCGUUGUCGACUCCGCUUCCCCCGUCCGUCCAUAUCUCGCAUCCACCGUCCGUCGCCACAGCUUCCCCCAUCCGUCGCACCAGCUUCCCCCGCCCAUCGCCCUCGCUUCCCCCGCCCAUCGCCCUCGCUUUCCCCUCCCGUCGCCCUCGCUUUCCCCUCCCGUCGCCCUCGCUUCCCCCUCCCGUCGCCCUUGCUUCCCCCUCCCGUCGCCCUCGCUUCCCCCUCCCGUCGACCUCCCAUCCCCCUCCCGUCCCCCUCCCGUCCCCCUCCCGUCCCCCGCCAAUCGCCCUCCCGUCCCCCUCCCAUCGCCCUCCCGUCGCCCUCCCAUCCCCCUCCCAUCCCCCUCCCAUCCCCCUCCCAUCCCCCUCCCAUCCCCCUCUCAUCCCCCUCUCAUCCUCCUCCCAUCCCCCUCCCAUCCGCCUCCCAUCCCCCUCCCAUCCCCCUCCCAUCCCCCUCCCAUCUCCCUCCCAUCCCCCUUCCAUCCCCCUCCCAUCGCCCUCCCAUCCCCCUCCCGCCGCCCUCCCAUCCCCCUCCCCUCCCCCCUCCCAACCCCCUCCCACCCCCCUCUCAUCCCCCUCCCAUCCCCCUCCCAUCCCCCUCCCAUCCCCCUCCCAUCCCCCUCCCAUCCCCCUCCCAUCCUCCUCCCAUCCCCCUCCCAUCCUCCUCCCAUCCCCCUUCCAUCCCCCUCCCAUCGCCCUCCCAUCCCCCUCCCGCCGCCCUCCCAUCCCCCUCCCAUCCCCCUCCCAACCCCCUCCCACCCCCCUCUCAUCCCCCUCCCAUCCCCCUCCCAUCCCCCUCCCAUCCCCCUCCCAUCCCCCUCCCAUCCCCCUCCCAUCCCCCUCCCGCCCCCCUCCCAUCCCCCUCCCACCCCCCUCUCAUCCCCCUCCCAUCCCCCUUCCAUCUCCCUCCCAUCGCCCUCCCAUCCCCCUCCCAUCCCCCUCCCAUCGCUCUCCCAUCCCCCUCCCAUUCAUUCUGCUCAUCUUUCCGUCCUUAUUUUCCUGGGUCAAUCUGUUUCCCCUGCUCAUUCUCUCCCGCUCACUGUGUUUCUCCUGCCCAUACUCUCCCCAACUACUCGCUCUGUUCCUCUCUGCUCACUCUCUUUCCCCCUGUCCCAGGCCACCAACACCACAGGCCAAGGUUGCAUGCAGUGUAG